GGACUCCAUAUCCCAGCAUGCUCCACGGCGGGCCCAGCCGGCCGCAACUCGGGGCUUGGCCCCGGCCCUAGCGUGUCGGCGUUGUAUUGGGGCGCGCGGAGGCUGAAGUCACUGUGGUGCCCGCGGGGACGGAGGAGGGAAUGAGUGAAGAGGAGCAGGGCUCCGGCACUACUACAGGCUGCGGGCUGCCCAGUAUAGAGCAAAUGCUGGCAGCCAACCCGGGCAAGACCCCGAUCAGCCUUCUUCAGGAGUAUGGGACCAGAAUAGGGAAGACGCCCGUGUACGACCUUCUCAAAGCCGAGGGCCAAGCCCACCAACCUAAUUUCACCUUUCGGGUCACCGUUGGCGACACCAGCUGCACUGGUCAGGGCCCCAGCAAGAAGGCAGCCAAGCACAAGGCAGCUGAGGUGGCCCUCAAACACCUCAAAGGGGGGAGCAUGCUGGAGCCGGCCCUGGAGGACAGCAGUUCUUUUUCUCCCCUAGACUCUUCACUGCCUGAGGACUUUCCAGUUUUUACUGCUGCAGCGGCUGCUACUCCUGCUCCAUCUGCUGUCCCAACCAGGAGCCCCCCCAUGGAGGUGCAGCCCCCUGUCUCUCCUCAGCAGUCUGAGUGCAACCCAGUUGGUGCUCUGCAGGAGCUGGUGGUGCAGAAAGGCUGGCGGUUGCCUGAGUACACGGUGACUCAGGAGUCUGGGCCAGCCCACCGCAAAGAGUUUACCAUGACCUGCCGAGUGGAGCGUUUCAUUGAGAUUGGCAGUGGCACUUCCAAAAAGCUGGCAAAGCGUAAUGCAGCAGCCAAAAUGCUGCUUCGCGUGCAUACGGUGCCUCUGGAUGCCCGGGAUGGGAAUGAGGCAGAACCUGAAGAUGAUCACUUCUCCAUUGGUGUGGGCUCCCGCCUGGAUGGACUUCGGAACCGGGGUCCAGGCUGCACCUGGGAUUCUCUGCGAAAUUCAGUGGGAGAGAAGAUCUUGUCCCUUCGCAGCUGCUCCCUGGGCUCCUUAGGUGCUCUGGGCCCUGCCUGCUGCAGUGUUCUCAGUGAGCUUUCUGAGGAGCAGGCCUUCCAUGUCAGCUACCUGGAUAUUGAGGAGUUGAGCCUGAGUGGGCUCUGCCAGUGCCUGGUGGAGCUGUCGACACAGCCAGCCACCGUGUGUCAUGGCUCUGCAACCACCAGGGAGGCAGCUCGAGGCGAGGCUGCUCGCCGUGCCCUGCAGUACCUCAAGAUCAUGGCGGGCAGCAAGUAAAGCUCCAGCUGGACACAUGGACAUACACCCUUGCUCCCUGCUCUUCCUGCCUCAGCCUGGGCAUCUGCCCAGCUGUGGUACCCCCGGAGGUGCCAUCUCUACUUCUGACACAGACUGCCUCCCUGCAGGCCGAGGAGGGCAUGGUGCCAGGAGCCAGAGACCACAGUGCCUCAGUGGCCCAGCAUCUGUCCUCAUGUUACUAGUAAUGAUGAAGGGAAACGAAAUUUGUCACUGUCCCUUAGAGCCCAGAAUAAAUGUGCUAC